AUGCAAAUGAUUCUUGAAUUUAACAAAAAAAAAAUUAUUUUUUCGAAGAAUUCUAGAAACUUUUCUCAUAUUCUAAAUUGGUAAUAUUAGUUAAAAUCAGUUUAAGAGAUAUAUACACAAAACUCAAAAUUAUUUCAGACUCUCAAAUCACUUCUUCAUCAGUCUAUUCGUCAAUUAUUAGAAGUUAACUUUGCUUUAUUGGUUAAUUCUUUCUGUGUUUUUUAAUUAUAUAUAAAAAAAAGAAAGAGAGUUAUUCUGCACUAAUCUUAGAAGGAAUAUUAAAUUCAUUUCUAAGUAUUAGAUCUUUAAGGAUGA